UACUGUUGACACUAUCGACGACGGCCGCCGCUUUGAAGUCAGCUGGCGGAAGCACAUUUUCAGUCAUAUGAGAACGCUGUCUGCCGUGAAGCUCUUUCAACGAAUCUCCAGCGAAAAAAGUUUCUGCUCAUUGAAGAUGUCGAUUCCCCUAAAGGCGUUUGCAGCUGGCUCUAUAGAACCACCGCGGGCCGAAGGCGCUCUUCGAAUCUAUUCUAUGCGGUUCUGUCCUUUCGCAAUGCGACCCCUCCUCGUGCUCAUCGCUAAAGAAAUCCCCCAUGAAAUCGUCAACAUCAACUUGUCCGACAAGCCCGAAUGGUACCUCAAGAAAUACGCUCCUGGGAAAGUGCCGCUCCUGGAGUCGGACACGGUCCUCUUGCCGGAGAGCUUGAUAGUUUCUGAAUACUUGGAAGAAGCUCACCCAGGACGUAAGCUCCUACCCAACGACCCUUACAAGAAAGCGCAGGAUAAGUUGCUUCUCGAUUCUUUCGCAUACAUGCCCGUCUUCAAGAGCAUAUUCAGUCAAAGUGAACACGUCGAAGGUUUCGAACAGUUCUGGAAGAACGCCGAAAUUAUCGAGAACGGACUCAAGACUAGAGGAACGAAAUUCCUGGGAGGUGAGCAACCAGGCUACCUUGACCUGAUGAUAUGGCCCUUCUUCCAAAUCGGGGUCAACGCACCGAAAUUCCGACCCGAAUUGAAGCUCCCUCGCGACUCAAUGCCCGUCCUCAUGGAAUGGACCGAUUCCAUGCUGCGAACUCGCGAAGUCAAGGAACUUGUCGACCAGGACCAUUUGGUGGAGUACAUGAAAGCUCGCUUGGAAGGAAAACCCAACUACGACGUCGGCUUGGAGUCUUGACUGACUGAUUGAUUCAUCCAUAUCUACGGCCUUGUAUCGACGGGCGUUCGCUGAAUCAAGUCUCUAGAUCGAAAUCUGAUUUU